ACGGUGGACGACUGCCCGAAGAUAGCUGGGAUAGGCACUCCCGCGACCAUUGUGUGGAUAAGCGGCUCAGAAAAUGGAUGGAUGGAUAUUGAGAGAGAACAAGAACGUUGUAUAAUAAAAACAACGAACGAACAUCUUGGCAAAAUAACAGAAGUCCCGCCUUGUCCAGUUCCCUCCUUCAAUUCAAUUAGUGAAGAUAGAACGCCCCUCGCUCGCCAUUGGCUCAUUUGACCCGCCUGUUAUUUCGGCUUGCAUUCUGUCACCGGAGAGAACACGCGCAGCCAAUAUGGCGGCCUACAGUGUUGCUCGGGGGACUCGCGGCUUGUUCGACGGCUUGCGGCUGUCGUUUAGGAGUCUGGCGCCGGUCAAACACGGCGCACCGGUGCUCCAGACGAACCGCUGCUACUCGGUCAGCAACCUGUCCGUGAGGGAGCGCAUUGAGAAGAAACGCAAGGCGGCGCUGGCCGGGGGAGGUCAGAAGAGGAUCGACGCCCAACACAAACGGGGCAAGCUGACGGCUCGGGAGCGAGUGGCGCUCCUGCUGGACGCCGAGUCCUUCGUGGAGUCGGACAUGUUUGUGGAGCACCGCUGCACCGACUUCGGCAUGGAGCAGGAUCAAAACAAGUUCCCCGGUGACAGCGUGGUGACGGGGAGCGGCAGGAUCAACGGGCGCUUGGUGUAUGUGUUCAGUCAGGAUUUCACGGUGUUUGGCGGCAGUCUGUCUGGAGCUCACGCGCAGAAGAUCUGCAAGAUCAUGGACCAGGCCGUGAUGGUGGGCGCGCCCGUCAUCGGCCUCAACGACUCCGGGGGCGCUCGCAUCCAAGAGGGCGUGGAGUCUCUGGCGGGAUACGCAGACAUAUUCCUGAGGAACGUGACUGCGUCCGGGGUGGUCCCUCAGAUCUCCCUCAUCAUGGGACCUUGUGCGGGCGGCGCAGUCUACUCGCCCGCCCUGACGGACUUCACCUUCAUGGUCAAGGACACGUCCUACCUGUUCAUCACGGGUCCCGAUGUGGUCAAGUCCGUCACCAAUGAAGACGUCACGCAGGAGGAGCUGGGCGGAGCCAAGACACACACCACCGUGUCCGGCGUGGCGCAUCGAGCGUUCGAGAAUGACGUGGAGGCUCUUUUGCACCUGAGGCAUUUCUUCAACUUCCUGCCGCUAAGCAAUCAGGACGUGGCGCCUGUCAGGGAGUGUCACGACUCCAGCGAGCGCCUGGUCCCGAUGCUGGACACAAUCGUCCCGUUUGAAUCCACAAAGGCCUACGACAUGUUGGACAUCAUCCACGCUAUAGCGGAUGAGCGAGAAUUCUUUGAGAUCAUGCCCGACUACGCCAAAAACAUCGUGGUGGGAUUCGCUCGCAUGAACGGGCGCACGGUGGGCAUCGUGGGCAACCAGCCCAAAGUGGCCUCCGGCUGCCUGGACAUUAACUCGUCAGUGAAGGGCGCUCGCUUCGUGCGCUUCUGCGACGCCUUCAACAUACCCAUCGUGACCUUCGUGGACGUGCCGGGCUUCCUGCCGGGCACGUCUCAAGAGUACGGCGGCAUCAUCCGCCACGGAGCCAAGCUGCUGUUCGCCUUCGCAGAGGCCACCGUGCCCAAGAUCACCAUCAUCACCAGGAAGGCUUACGGUGGCGCGUACGACGUGAUGAGCUCCAAACACCUGAGAGGAGACGUCAACUACGCUUGGCCCACGGCUGAAGUGGCCGUCAUGGGCGCCAAGGGAGCAGUUCAGAUCAUCUUCAGAGGGAAGGAGAACCAGGCCGAGGCCGAAGCGGAAUAUGUGGACAAGUUUGCCAACCCUUUCCCCGCUGCAGUCAGAGGUUUCGUGGACGACAUCAUCGAGCCGUCCAGCACGCGCAAGAGGAUCUGCCGCGACCUGGAAGUGCUAGCCAGUAAGAAGCAGGUCAACCCCUGGAAGAAGCACGCCAACAUUCCUCUGUAAAACAUCCCAUCGUUGUUUUUUCCCUCCCUGCCACGCCACUGGAAGCCUGGAGUGUAUAAAACAUAAGCAAGUCAAUCCCGGAUUGCAUCUGUACAAUUUGUCAAGGACAUUCUUGUCAUUAUCAACUGAUGCAUUUCAUUUAUUUUAUCAAUAUUUUGUGUUAGUCCCGUCCAACCUUCAGUUUCACUCCAUGUUUGGAUUUAGGUCAAGCAGAAAUGAUGGUGCCUUUUUAAAUCGCAAUACAAUAAAUAAUGGACUUGGAACAAAAAGGGCUGCUAUGAAUCUUAUUGGGGGGUUUUCCGUAGAACAAAGUAUUUGCGGUCUUUCUGUAAUGUCCUAAGAUGGCGCACAAACCACCUGUUCCUUUCAAGACUCCAUGAUAGCGGAGGAGUAGCUAGCAAUAUGAUUCCGGUAGAUGUCCGACAGGAAGGUGAGGCUUGUUGCCGGAGAAAGCAGGG